GGAGUCAAUGAGAACAGUUGCAGGUCCUGGAGUUCAAGCCUUUGUUCUUUUCUGCGCAACAGCAAGAAUGUCUGCAAAUGGGUCUCAGUACUAUCGCAAAGACGGCGUUCGUAUCGUCCACGAUCCCUAUUCUCCCGGUAUGGCCGACAAGUAUGGUGCCCCUGGAGAGACAGACUCGGACGGCUUCGAUCCGUAUGCAGACACUGUUGGUCCGGGCAUCUAUGGCGGCAAGGUGAAGCGCGAUGCGCAAGGAAAGGUCCUCAUUGGCCGGCAAUAUCAGAACCAUAACCCUCGGCCGGGUCCCAUCUACUCUGGCGAAGGCUAUACGGAGAUGAGCAGGGCACUGUCCUCGGGGCCAGAAGCUGUCAAGAAGCUGCUUGAGCUUGACCCCUCGCUCGUCCACGAGAUCUCGACAGGUGGCGCUACUCCUCUCCACAUGGCAGGCAUGAGCCGGAAGAACCAGCUGUCUACAGAGCUGUUGAUAGCCAGCGGGGGCAACAUCGAGGCAGAGGAUACCUAUGGAUAUAGGCCCCUCCAUAGGAUGGCGUCCAACAAUCUCGACAUUGGUGCAGAGGCCCUGCUCAAGGCUGGAGCAGACGGCGCGGCAAGAACUCAGAGUGGAGAGACGCCUCUGAGCAUAGCACGCCAGUCAAGCGCCAAGGGAGUCAUCUCAGUGCUGAACAAGUACGGCUUCUCAUGAGCCGGCUAGCUUACACUUCCUUGCAUUUCGUCUCGGAAUUAAAGAAAAAUUCG